AGCUGGGACGGCCCCGCCCGGGCCAGCUCCCCCAGCCCCCGUUCCUGUCCCCGCGGAGCUAAUAUGGUAGCCAGCGAUGGACCCUCUCCAGCCAGGUCAGUGGGGCUGAGUCUGCUGCCGCUCGCCGAGCUAUCCCCAGCUACGGUCCGUCGCUACGCCAUCUGGCGGGACCCCUGCGGUCUGAGCUAUCGCCGCCUUCUCUCCGCGCCGGGCGACAGCGAAGCGGGGCCCUCGGUGGUGCGAGCCGGAAGCCCUUACCAGCCCGUAAUUGAAACAUUAGGAAACUAUCCUCAAAAGAAGUUCUACAAUGUCUCAAAGCUUGGAGGCACCAAGUAUGAUACUCUGCCUUAUUCCAUACGAGUGCUGUUUGAAUCCAGUGUCCGUAACUGUGAUGGCUUCUUAGUGAAAGAAACGGAUGCUAUGAACAUCUUGGACUGGAAAACAAAACAGAAUAAUGUUGAAGUGCCCUUCUGUCCUGCCAGAGUUGUUCUUCAAGACUUUACUGGAAUCCCAGCAAUGGUGGAUUUUGCUGCCAUGAGGGAAGCUGUGAGAAAUGGUGGAGGAGAUCCUAUGAAAGUCAAUCCUGCCUGCCCAACUGAUCUCACUGUUGACCAUUCUCUGCAGAUUGAUUAUAGCAAAUGUGCAAUACAGAAUGCUCCAAACCCUGGAGGUGGUGAUUCCCAGAAGCCGAUGGCAAAGCUUUCUCCACUGAGGGCGCAGCCUCGGAAGCUGCCUUGCAGGGGCCAGACCAGUUGCAAGGGUCCGUGUGGCGCCGGAGAUGGGAGUCGCAACGCGGGGCAGUUUGCAGCGCAGAUCGAGAACACGCCCAUCCUCUGUCCUUUCCACCUGCAGCCCCUGCCUGAGCCUGAGACAGUACUGAAAAAUCAAGAGAUGGAAUUUGGCAGAAAUAGAGAGAGGCUUCAGUUUUUUAAGUGGAGUUCAAAGGUUUUCAAGAAUGUUUCCGUAAUUCCACCAGAGACUGGAAUGGCACACCAAGUUAAUUUGGAAUAUUUGUCAAGAGUUGUUUUUGAAGUUAAAGAUUUCCUAUAUCCAGAUAGUGUGGUUGGCACAGAUUCUCAUACAACCAUGGUAAAUGGCCUGGGUAUCUUGGGCUGGGGUGUUGGGGGGAUUGAAACGGAAGCAGUGAUGCUAGGGAUGCCAGUUACUCUCACUUUGCCUGAGGUUGUUGGGUGUGAACUGACAGGCACAGCCAGCUCCCUUGCUACAUCCAUAGAUAUUGUUCUAAGCAUCAUAAAGCAACUUAGGCAAGCUGAUGUUGCUGGAAAAUUUGUGGAGUUUUUUGGGAGUGGAGUUUCCCAGUUGUCUGUAGCGGACCGAACCACAAUAGCAAAUAUGUGUCCUGAAUAUGGUGCUAUUCUGAGCUUUUUCCCUGUUGAUAAUGUGACACUGAAGCACUUAAAGCAUACAGGUUUUGACAAGGCCAAGCUUGAGGUCAUGGAAGCAUAUCUUAAAGCUGUGAAGUUAUUUAGAAAUUAUGAGAGUUCUUCCAGAGAACCUGAAUAUUCCCAGGUAGUACAAAUUAAUUUAAGUUCCAUAGUUUCAUAUGUCAGUGGUCCCAAGAGGUCCCAAGAUAGAGUGGCUGUUACUAACAUGAAGAGUGACUUCCAAGCCUGCUUAAAUGAAAAGUUUGGUGUUAAAGGAUUUCAGAUUGCAACUGAAAAGCAGAAUGACAUUGUACCUGUUCAGUAUGAAGGAAAUGAAUACAAUCUGUCUCAUGGCUGUGUUGUCAUUGCUGCAGUCAUCAGCUGCACAAACAAUUGUAACCCAUCCGUCAUGCUUGCUGCAGGACUCCUGGCCAAAAAAGCUGUUGAAGCUGGCCUAGCGGUUAAGCCCUACAUCAGAACAAGUUUAUCACCAGGCAGUGGAAUGGUUACACAUUACCUCAGUUCCAGUGGAGUACUGCCAUACUUCAGCAAGCUUGGGUUUGAGGUUGUUGGUUACGGGUGUUCAACCUGCGUUGGAAACACUGCCCCCUUGCCAGAAGCCAUCAGGAGUGCAAUAAAGCAGGGUGAUAUAAUUGCCUGUGGAGUGCUGUCUGGAACAAAGAACUUUGAAGGACGUCUCUGUGACUGUGUCCGCGCCAACUACCUUGCUUCUCCACCACUAGUGGUGGCUUAUGCCAUUGCGGGCACUGUUAAAAUAGACUUUGAAACGGAGCCUUUGGGGACUGGCUUCAAUGGCAAAAGUAUUUACCUGCGAGAUAUUUGGCCCACCCGAAGUGAGCUCCACGCAGUGGAGGAAGAGUGUGUGAUAUCAUCCAUGUUUAAGGAAUUGAGAGAAAAAAUGGAGAAAGGAAACAAACGAUGGAAUUUACUGGAAGCACCUGAGUCAACAUUAUUUCCCUGGGAUUUAAAAUCUACUUAUAUCAGAUGUCCUUCCUUCUUUGAUAAACUUGCCAAAGAACCAGUUGCACCACGGCCAAUUGACAAUGCACAUGUCCUGCUCUAUUUGGGCGAUUCUGUAACCACAGAUCACAUAUCCCCUGCUGGGAGCAUUGCAAGGAGUAGUGCUGCUGCUAGGUAUCUGACCAACAAAGGACUCACACCUCGUGAAUUCAACUCAUAUGGAGCUCGAAGAGGUAACGAUGCUGUGAUGACAAGAGGUACAUUUGCAAAUAUCAAGCUUCUGAAUAAGUUCAUAGGAAAACCAGCUCCUAAAACAAUUCACUUUCCGUCAGGACAAACGCUAGAUGUGUUUGACGCAGCAGAGUUGUACCAGAAGGAAGGCAUCCCUGUCAUUAUUCUAGCAGGAAAGAAGUAUGGACUGGGUGGCUCAAGAGACUGGACUGCAAAAGGGCCUUAUUUACUGGGUGUUAAAGCUGUCCUAGCAGAGAGCUAUGAGAAGGUUCAUAAAAGUCAGUUGGUUGGAAUUGGCAUAGCUCCACUUCAGUUUCUUCCUGGGGAAAAUCCAAGUACUUUGGGUCUCACUGGCAGAGAGCAAUUUUCUAUAUUGUUCCCUCCAGACCUGUCACCUGGAAUGACUUUGGAUAUUAAGACAAGCACUGGAAAAGUAUUCAGCGUGAUUGCUUUGUUUGAAAAUGACGUGGAGAUAACAUUAUACAGAUGUGGCGGAAGUCUAAACUUUGUGGCUCGAAGAUUCUUAUAGUAGCUACUGACUCUGUGGGUACCCUGCAUUAACUGGUAAUUCUGAAAAUGCCUUGUGUGAACCCAGGAAUCUGUACUGUGGAACUGCAAACAGUCCUAGUGUGCUCAAAGUUACUUCGUCCAUGGAUGUAGAAGAUUGUGAAUUAUUGUAACUGCAACAAGAUCCUUCCCAAUUUUAAAUAAUAUUCUAAUGGUGCUACUAAACAUUGCUAGAAUCAACAGGUGUAUUGUGGCAGAGAGCUGUAAGUAUGGAGGGGAUGUAUAUCAGACCAUUUUGUAAAUAAACUAUGCGAAAUCUGAAACUGAUUGUGCUGAAGAUUAUUAUGGAAGAAGAUUUUCUGCAGUUGUUUCCACUCAGUUUUUGCACCUGUCAGUCUGUGUACUGCUGUUUUUUGGUUUAAGGGUAACAGCUGGUGUUAUGGAAUGUUUACACCCAAACUGUUUGUUUUUCUCUUUUUAUUUGCAUCCAGAUCUUAAAACAGACACUCAGUUGCCAAUGUCUUGCUCCUUAGGUUAUGGGCAGGACAAAAAGCAGUCUAGAUGAGGCCCUUGGUAUCCUGUGUCACAGAUGAUGACUUCCUUACAUUCAUUGUGGGAUAAUGGUUCAUCUGGAUCCAGAUUUAAAACCACUCACUCCAUGAAAUAGUGUGCUUAGAAGUAUGGGACACACGCCUCCAUUUCAAAGUGUUGCUCACCCUUACUGUUCAUGCACAGUAAGGGGAACACCUCAGCUUUUUGGCAAGCUGCAGUGUCCUUCAGUUGGAGUUUGUCAUACCUGCUUCAAGGGAAGAAGUUAGUCAUUUAUGACAUGAGUUUUUACCGUACUGUCUGCGAUAUCAUUAGACCAAGUACCUCUCCUUAGUGUUGUAACCUUCAAAAAUCUGUCAAAAUAUUUAUAUACUAGGGUUGUUUAAAUUCCUCUGCUUUAAAUAUGACCUAUGGCUAAUGAGUUAUAUCCCCUUGUCAGAUGUUAACUAUCUGAGGUGACCAUACUGCCUUUUAAUGCUGUCUGCUGCACUGUUAGUUCACAGCUCUUCCUAACAUGCAUCACCUUCCCAUGCUGAAGAUCACUGGAUACUGAAUGAACCUGGCUCUUACACCAUUGCAACUUCUGUACAUGUGCCAGUGCACUCACUGAUGGUGACAGCCCUGGUCUGUAUUGAACAUGGACAGAAGAGGCAGUUUCUGCAGAAGUGUUGGUUUGACCACUUAACUACACAGUGACAGCUGCUAACCUGUGCAAGUGAGUCUUUAAGGUGCUGUUUCUGGGCUUCUCUACCUAGAAAGGCUUCAUAACACCACUUAAGGUUUAUUUGAAGAUGGAUUUCUUUUGGAAAACAAAACUGCAAUGACCUGCCUUGUGAGAUUUUGCAUUGUUUUUAUUAUUGCUUUUCUUGUCCUUCAUAACCACUGUCUUAAAUAUCAAAACUUCCAAGAGGAUUAUAUUUGCUUUAAUACAUCUGCUUUCAAUUUAUAACCAGGCACUAAGCUGGUUGACUCGCAAACUAAAAGAUAUGCACCAUGUUAAUCUUUAAAUAGUGUUUCUGACAUUCCUUUAAAACAGAAAAAACCUUGGCAUAAUUCUGUCCUUACAAUAUUUCUUCCUUUUUAUCAAGUUAAUUUGAUUUCCCUGCUGUGACUCCAAUACACCAGUUUAUUGGAAAAAACUUUAUGAAGUUUGAAAUUCUGUAUAAUCACUGGUUUUGUUGUGGUUUUCUUCUUAGUCAAGGUAAAAAAAUGUGCUGGUGACUCCUUCCACUGGUAGGGGUGAUAAAGUAGUUCUGAAUCCUGUACUCAACUGAAUGCUAAAUGAAUGACUGUUCUGUGGUACACCUUUGCUAACUUAAUCCAGAGUUGCUGAGCAGAUGUUAUUUCUUGUACAAUAGUAUCUAUUUUUUCCCCAGCUCAAAGGUAUGUUUCUUGAUUUAUUUUUUUUUUAAUUCAAGAAAAUGAAUGUUCAUUGUUGGAGAGCAAAUAUAAAUGUAGUGCUGGCACAUAAUGAUGCCUUGUGCAGAUGAUAAACCUCCAACUCCCAGCCUAUUUAUACCUUCUGUAACUGCUGAUGGUUGGCCAGAACACAGCCUCUCUCUCUCUUUACUGUGGCAAUAUUUGUUGCUUCAGGAGAUAAUGACCCAAGCCAUGUCUAGGUAAAUCAGUAUUGUGAAGUUAAGUGCAAUUUCCAGAGAUGCAACUUAUCUGCAGGUUGUCACCAAUAAAGCCAGUCAUCUCUUGUGAGACAUGAUGGGUUUCAUUAACGUAGCAACUACAGUUCUGAAGCAGUCUGAUGUUGUUAAAGCCAUGAAAGACAGUGUUGGAGCUGUGUUUUGGCCGUAGGCUCCUGCCGUUGUUACAGUGAGUUCAGCCCUUAAUAUGCCGGAGUCAGCAGUGUCCUUGUGAGCACUGCAGGCCCUGCAUUGUAAUGGGUGCCGCAAGGAGCAGCACUGCUCACCCUGCUUUUGCAGCUCACAGGGCAGUGACCUGCCAGUCAAGGUAGUGCUUGCCUGGCUGUCCAUUCGUGGUCACCCAGUCAUGUGCCUGUCCCUUCCCUCCUGCUGCAGUGAACAUGGUGAAGUGCAGGUCCACAGCCCAGCAGCUACGGAAGAUGAGUAACUUUGGACACCACUAGGAGAUUUGGGGCUUUAAUGGGGGCAAGAGUGACAUCUGCUUUCUGGCAAUGGCAGGAUACGGUACAGCCAGAGGAUUGCUGUGAUCAUAUACAACAUUGCUCACUUAGACUUCUUCACAAUAUCAUAAAGCAUAGGAGGAAAUGGACCAUUCUAAAGAAGUGACUCAAUGUUAGAUGUACUUAACCCAGACCUCCCUCUCCACUUCAAUUUUGGAGAAAAAUCUGUUCCAGUUUUCCCAAACAUUUUCUCUCCUUGCACCCUCCUCCUCCUCCCAAACUACAUGUUGCUAUUUAUACAUUUUACACCUAAGUAUAAGGACAUGAAGCUAUGUAUAUUAACCAUAUUUAAGCAACUGCACACCAAUGUCUGCUGUUCAAAGCCAACAGACUAGUGUAAGUUUUAAGUUCAGUAAGUAUUGUAUAGAUCUAGAGCUACCUGAAGUUCAGUGAUGACAAUUGCUCAGAAAAUGUUACCAAUGCUGUAAAUUAUUUUUAAUAAAGAAAACUGUAUCAUGGUU